UCACUCCGCCCCCUCCUCCACCUCCUCAUUCCUGCUGACUCCCUGCUCGCUGUCCUCUCUCGCCUCGUCGUCUUACCCCUGUCUGGAUGCCAGUAGCUGCUAGUCAUGGAGGAUGCAACAGUCACACACCAUGCAGAACCGUUAGUAACCAUACCUCUAACAUCAGAAUUACAAGAGGAAGAGGGGGAAAAGGUGGGGGUGUUCACCGCACCUUCAACAUCUGUAUUACAAGAGGAAGAAGGGGAAAAAGUGGGGGUGUUCAGCACACCUUCAGCAUCAGCAUUAGAAGAGGAAGAAGGGGAAGAAGUGGGGGUGCUCACUACAGACUCAGCAAUAGUAUUUCAAGAGAAGGAAGUGGGGUGGGUCACUACAAGAAGUGAAGAUAAUUGGGGGUCAAACAAAGCCCCUGCUGCGUUGGAACCAGUAGUGACGCAGCCCGGUCUUGGCAUCACCAAAACCACCAUCACCACCAUCACGCAGACUGGAGGGGACUGGAGCACUGGCCUACUUGAUGUCUGCAGAGACAAGACAACAUGUAUUCUCGGGGCUCUCGUGCCGUGCUGUUUAGACCUGAGUUUAGCUCACCAAUAUGGGGAGUGUCUGUGCAUGCCUCUACUACCAGGAUCCACUUUUGCCAUACGAGUUGGGAUCAGGGAGCGCUACAAGAUACGGGGAAGUGUGUGUGAGGACUGGACUACAGUGUAUUGCUGUUACCCUCUGGCUGUAUGUCAGAUGAUAAGAGAAAUGAAGUGGAGGAUGAAGACUCAGACAUAUCAUGUGUCUACUACACUCGAAUGCUCCUAAAGAAACAGCAAAUGAGAUCCUUUUUUUUUUUUUUUUUUUUCAAUUUAUCAUAAAUGUGUGAAGACCAUCAGAGAUUACUGGUAUGAACAAUAGGAUGAAUCAUUACUCUGAGGUUUGAACUUGCCCCUGAGGGCUUCUUAAAUAAUAAAAAACAAGCCUGUGAUACAAAUACUUAAAAGUGAUAGAAAAGGGAAAACUUAAAGUAACGGCAUAAACUGUGUUAAAGGUACAGCUGUAAAACAUGAACCAACACCAACACUGAUAACCUUUGUUCAGUUGCAGAUAUUUUUAAAUGUAGUUAGUUCAAAGAUCAUUAAAAGCCAUUACAUCUGGAUUAAUGCAUAUAGAAUAUUGCAGAGCAGUUUUUUAUGAAGGUAUUGGUCUGAUUAAUUAUAUUUGAAAGAUCAGCUUAACCAACUUUUUACUGCAGCAUUAAAUUCCGGCACUUAUAAUUCUUAACUUAUCUAUAAUUUUGGUUUUAGAAACAGCCUGGGUUAACUUCUGUGACUGAGGUAACUGCACGACAUUUUACAUAAUGAAAAUUUAGAAAGACUCAAGUAAGUUUAGCUUUUUACAAUGCCUGUUACCUACACCACUGAAGCCGCUAUUCUUCCUGGGGUGCAGAAUAAAAUGUUAUAUUGUGACAAUACAUCAUGACAACUUGCAUCACACAGACACAUUUAACAAAUCAAUAACUAGAACACACACAGAAACAAGAUGAGCUCCUUACAGUUAAAAAAGGUUGUGUGAUUGCAUUAGGAAUUUGUACUUAAUAUUGGGGAAACUUUAAUAAUGGAGAACAGCACAACACAUCAAAACAUUUACUGUUUACUGGUGUUGACACUAAGUACCAGCCCUGCACAGGUUGGCACAUAACAGACUGAAUUUGUUUUUGAUAAUGUAAUGUUUCCUCAUGCGGCUGGUCUGUUAGUGCAUAAUCAUGUCUGUCUAAACUGAAAGAUGAUUUUAUACAAAAAUAAUAUAAUGUUUGUAAUCAAUACAUUCAUUGACUAUAGUAAUAUAUUCUUACAUGUAACCAGUCUAGACUUUUAAACAUUGUUCCAGUGGUUGUUCUACUCACAACAAAGCUUAACAUGGUCUGUUAUGUUUUGUACCUUUUGCAAUUUCUUGAUGUAGUUUUAAACCUUAUUGCUGGGCAAUAAUGAAGAUGAAAGCACAGACUCCAUAUAAAAGAUGGGUUUGAACAUGAAGUCACCCUCUGGUGAGUGCAGUAAAAUUGUGAAGCUUCAAA